AUGUUGAACAACUACUUAGGUAUGGACACACCAAAAUCUCGUUAUUUUACUGUGAAUUUAUAUUUAGUUUCUCUUCUGUUCACUAUCGUCUUCAGUUUCAAUGCAUUGAAUGGAAAUCCUGUGCGGCCUUCAGGCGGUCUGCUUGGUUCACAAGAUCUCCAUCAUCACGUCAAAGGAUUCGCGUAUGCCCAUCCAUGCGAAAUCCUUUGUAUGGGAAAAUUAUCCUCAAAAAUGUCUAUUAAAGAAAAAUCAAAAAUUUGCCGAAAAGAAUGCGCCGGACUUUUGUUUCGACCGGCAAUUUAUAGCAAUUACGUUGUACAAGGAAAAAAAUACUAA